CUUAAAGAUGGUAUUUCUCCCAGCUCCACGUCAACUGAAAAUGAGAAAAACCCUUAAGAUGAUUGGAAUACUAAAAGUGUGGCAAUGUUGCAACGGACACAGCCGUUACUAUCCCAGUAAAUGCGGGCCAUAAAACGCGUUGAUAGCAACCGUUUCUGCUGCUCACGCCCUUUGUGCUGCUCCUUUGCUUCAGUUGCUCCUCGUCCUCCUCCCUAUAAAGUUUUCCAGACCAAAACCGCCUCGUCAGCAAACCAUCUGCGAAAAAAAAUCCCCUUGUUUCAAAUUUGCUGUUAGGUUUCUUGCACUCUCUGAUCCAGAAAAAACAUAGAAAUGGCAUCGUCCAACGUCACAAUGCUCGCCGUCUGUGUUGCGCUCACACUAUCAGGGCUUUACGCUGACGCAGUAGCAGAAGCAGUGGAACAACCGUUACGGCGCAGUCACAGAAAGGCGACAAAGACCUGGUGCGUCGCCAAGCCGUCGGCGGAGGCUGCCGCGCUGCAGGGCAACCUGGAGUUCGCCUGCUCCGAGAGCGACUGCGGCGCCAUCCAGGGCACCGGCGGCUGCACCCGUCCGGACAGCCUGCUGUCACGGGCAUCGGUGGCGAUGAAUGCCUACUACCAGGCCAGGGGGAGGAACUCCUGGAACUGCUUCUUCAACGGCACCGGCCUCAUCACCAUCACUGACCCCAGUCUUGGCGCCUGCAAAUAUGCUUGAGAUGGGAGGACUGCGGCGCAGCGGAGCACCGGAUCUGAUCAAAUAAGAAUUUAGGAUGAUGAAUGGUCACUUUUAGUUUGUUCAUUCAUGUGUUACACAAUCAGAUAUGCUAGAAUUUCACUCAAUAUGAGCUUUUAUGUCUAAGUAUAAUCUCUAAAGAACUACCGAUGUUGGUUUUUUUCUGUCCAAGUCACUUUUUAGAUAAUGAUAUGCUGUUCAUUCA